CUCUCGCGGUUGAUAAUCGACGGCACUCAUCCGGGAUGUCGACAGUCGUCGGGUGCCAGCCAGCAAGUUCGGAAGACUGGUCGCGAAUGGAUUAAUUACUAGUUAUUGAAGAUAAUGACAGCGUUCGCUGAAGCGGUUUGCUAUUCUGAACUCGUGUGAACAAAAUAGUUAGUAAUUGGAUUUAUUGUCAGAAUUAUUGACAAAUUGCACCAUCGGAAACCGGGCGGUUAUUUUACAAUUACAACAGCCGUACUUAUUUUCAAUUAGUUUUUUUAAGUGAAUGUAGCUGUAGAUGCUAAAUACUGAUAAGAACAGAAGAAUCGACGUCAAAAGAUGGCAAUAACAAACACUACCGGAAUACUACUACAAACCAUGCUGUUGAUGGCUAAUCAUCAAUGGAACAACAGCCUAUACAACGCGAUCCACAACGUUAGCAGCACCAGUAAUUUUAAUGUAACUCUAACUUCGGACAACACACGUUGCUAUGGAGUGUACGGAUGCUUUCCGCUGACCUAUCCUUGGGUUGACGAGAAGCGACCCUUGGCAUAUCACCCACGAACACCGGCUCAAAUAGACGUGCGGUUUCCGGUAUUUAACAAACCAGUGCGAGAACACCCGCGUUUUAUAGACAUCAACGAUCCUGACGCAGUGCGCGAUCUUAAUAUCAACCCGAAGGGUUGGAUUUAUUUUGUAACCCAUGGAUACAUUGAGUCUGGUGAUCGUCCUUGGAUCCAAUCUUUUGUAAAUACCUUUUUGGAAAAUGACCCGGAUGGAACGGCAACGGUUGUGGUUAUCGACUGGCGUAAGGGAUCGGUGCCUCCGUACACCCAAUGCGUGGCCGAUAUUCGAUUGGUCGGUGCAAUCGCUGCUCAUGUUAUUCACAUGCUCUACCAGGAACUUGGAAUGAAAAACUUAGAUAAGGUUCAUGUGCUGGGACACUCACUGGGAUCGCAUGUAUGUGGGUACGUCGGAUACUAUCUGCAGAGAGAUUUCGGUCUUAAGCUGGGCCGAAUAACUGGGAUGGACCCAGCCGAACCCAUGUUUUCAGAUACAGAUCCGAUCGUGCGGUUGGAUUCAUCAGACGCUAAGUUUGUUGAUAUCGUUCAUACGGAUUCUACUCCGUGGGUGGAACGUUGGCCUCGGCCUGGCGGUCUAGGUAUGUACCAGGCCAUUGGUCAUGUUGAUUUCUAUCCAAACGGAGGUAGUAACCAGGUGGGAUGUAAUGACCCGAUGGAGAAGUUUAUCAGCAAGCACGAGGAUUCGUUCUUCUGGGGAUUUCAGGAAUUUUUCGGCUGCAAUCAUUUACGCUGCCAUCAGUUGUACACUGAUUCCAUCCCACAGCGUUGUCCGUGGGUCGCGAUCGGUUGUGAAUCGUGGGAAAAAUUUCUUGCCGGUGAUUGCUUCGAAUGCGACGUGGAUGGCCACUAUUGCAUCGACUUUGGACCGAAUGCGCCGAUAAGUUACCGGAGAUUGAUCGAGCAGGGCGUGAUGGUGGAACCACGACCCAUCCGGGCUUAUAUGAUUACGGGCGAUGAUUCGCCGUAUUGUCGAACCCACUAUAAGGUGACCCUGGUGCUUUCCGAUAGUGAAGAAAGCCUGAUACAUGGUGGCGAAAUUGGUCGCAUGAUAUUGAAAAUGUUUGGUAUGCAGCGCGAAAAAUCGGACCAGAUGGAGUUCUCCAAGGAAGCGAUGUACUUCGAACCUGGUAAGAAUUAUUCAGCGGUUAUGGCAGGAAAGGACGUUGGUUUACCAAAGAAAGCCUUUCUAACCUGGGAGUACAAAACAAAUCCCUUAAACCCGCUCUCUUGGCGGUUGCUGGCGGCGCCACGGAUUUACGUAGCAUAUAUGAUCGUGCAGACCCUGGAGCACCGAUCGUGGCAAAAGUUGUGUCCACUGCAACAGGCACCGGUUCAUGUCGAUCGGGAUAACGAGUUUCGGUUAGACUAUUGCGACGACUGACGGGAUCACCGACGCAGAUAAAUUUACUUUGAUUCGUGAGAGGAGUGACGAUAAUUGUAGAGCUUUUCUUGUGAAACAAAUCGAAUUCAAACUCUAUCUUAAAAUGCAGAAACUAAACGCGAUACAAUUGUAUCCCAGUUUAGCAUUAGAAUCAGAUUAAACACAAAGAAUUUUCUCAUCCAA